AUGUGCCCCGUCAAGAUAUACAUACACACUGCUGGUAGGGGUAAAGGCUAUAUAAGAGAAGGAAGAGAAACUCUUACUUUUCCGUUGACUUGCGGUAUACUUGCUUACGGGAGUGGUCCUCCCCCGGAGGGACUACAUCCUGGCGUAGUGUAUAAAAGAGUGGUUCAUGCUGGAUGUUUACCCAGAACUUCGCGAGCAGUGAAAGUGUAUCCUGAUGCAAGUAAAUUCUAUUUGAUACUAGGUCUGCUGUACAUCGGUACGUAUGGGGAACAGGAGAUCAACUUGGAGGACAUAGAAAGGGACAACCUGAGGAUGGAAGGACUAUCGAAAUAUGGAAAUAUGCGAUCCGAGGAAGCGAGAUACCAAACGAAGCCGAAAUUUGGACAGCAGCAGUUCGAAAUGCCAAACCAAUAUCAUAUGCCAAAUAAUUCGCCUGUUUCAUACGUAACACCUUCUACGUUGCAAAAUGUAAAGUAUUUCUUAUUGUGAAAAUAAAUACCACCACACAGGUAUGCCGUGAAGGAACAAUCUUUUCCACAACAAAGCAACGUCAUACAUAAUAUCAUGCCUAACGAAUUGUGGCAACGAUUCCUACGGCGUUACAACGAAUACAAACAGCAGCUACCAGUACCUCCAAAAGGAAACCCACCAAAUGUCUUUCAAUCUCAAUUAUUGACUUACCAACCAGAAGUGAGUGUCGGUAAUCAGUUGCAGACUGUUCAGCAAAAGGCGGUGUCGGCAAAGUAUGCGAAGAAUACGAACAAAGAGCUAUUCAUCGACAUCCCCACCAUGCACAUUUUGAAUUAUUACCCCAAUUUGGACGUAAAUCCUGGCAAAGGCGCUGCACCUCAAUUAACCACAGCAUCAACCAACCACAUAUCGAUCCCCCUGUACACUUCGACGAUGAAUCAGAAGCCGAUAGAUUCCGUGAUGACACGUUAUCAAAACUCGGACGAUGCAAAAUAUAAUACAGCUCCGAUCACUUUCACGCCUAAGGUAUCGAAGAGCGUUGUCUCGUCAAGCCCUGUUUUAUCGGAGAAAUACGUUAACCCCUCGUUAUCAAGAGCACCAAUUUACGCGACGCAAGACCAAUCGGCUGCUCAAGGAAGGCAAUUUUUGUACACUCAAGCAAAGAUUGCUCCGGUACUGCCGCAAUACGUUCCUCAGCUAGUGUACGCGCUACCAGCAAUGGUUUACAUGCAUGCUACGCCAGUUUACAGCGACGCUUACGAGCGUCCAUCCGGCUACGAUCAGGACAAUUUUUUGCCAGGAAACGUGAAAUACACGGCGCCACCUGAACAGUUGCAAUCCGAGAAACCAGUUACUGAUGAGGUACCGAAUCAAGUUCUGGGACAGCAGAGCAGUCAGAGCGUGACUCAGAAUUACGUCAAGGAACCGGAAAGUCCCAACACCGAUUUGAAGGCGCCUCAGAAAGCUUCGCAGGACUUUAAAUUCGACGCUCCACCUUUGCCAUCUGUUUCCGUGGAGAACGAACCUCUUCCGGAGCAAAAUCACGUAGCUUCUACCGAGCCUAGGUCACUCUUGGAUUCGUAUGUCCCAAGCAAGUUAAUCGCUGCUCAUGACACCGUCAGGUAUCAAGAGAGGCCGAUAAAGCUGGAAGGCGGCUUUCUUCCAUCGAAAGAAAAUUUUGUAUACAAGAAUCAUAAAAUGAAUUGA